AUGGCUGAAAAUCCUGAAAAUCCUGCAGCCGUAGAAAGAGCAUUUGGUGUCACCAACAUCAAAUCUCACAUUCCUCUCAUUCUCGAUUUCGAUGACCACAACUAUGAUGCUUGGAGAGAACUAUUUCUCACUCACUGCUUGGCGUUUGAUGUGCUUGGUCACCUUGAUGGCACUCUGCUUCCAAAUGGUGAUAACGAUGUACCAUGGAAAAAACGUGAUGGAUUGGUGAAACUUUGGCUCUACGGCACACUCACUCCACCGUUGUUUCGAUCCUCGUUUGCAACGGGAGGUAUGGCGCGAGAUAUCUGGACCCGAAUUGAGAAUCAAUUUCGAAACAACAAGGAGGCAAGAGCGAUUCAGCUAGACAAUGAGCUCCGAACUACUGAAAUUGGAGAUCAAACAAUUCAACAAUACUGCCAAACGCUGAAAUCAUUGUCGGAUCGUCUUGCGAAUGUGGAGGCUCCUGUCACAGAAAGAAAUCUGGUAAUGUACCUCCUCAAUGGCUUAAACGAGAAAUACGACUACAUUACUAAUGUAAUCAAGCAUAAGGAGCCAUUCCCAAGUUUCGAAUCUGCCAAAUCCAUGCUGGAAAUGGAAGAAUCAAGACUGAAGAAGGCGCAUCGGCCUGCGGCAACACACACAGACCACUCUUCUUCAUCAACAGCUCUCUCUGUCUCAGCUCCACAGUCUCAGAUGAAUGAUCAAUCCCCACGACAUACCCAGCCGCACCAGAAGUUCAACAACUAUCGUGGAAAAGGGAAGAACAAUUAUCGUGGAAGAGGUCGUAACAAUUAUCAAUAUCAGUCUCGACCUAGUUUCCCUUAUUGGGCUCCACAGAAUAAUUGGCCAGGCCCAUUCCCUCCAUGGCCAAAUCAGUUCCCACAUUGGAACCCAUAUUCUCCAAUGCCCAUGUAUCGUGGAUCUGCACCUUAUCCGAUGACUCCAUCUGCUCCACAGGCGAAUCUGGUCGAGAUCAAGCCAACAGAGCUUCCCCAAGCUCAUACUACAUCAACUUUGUUCGAUCCAUCUGGUGCAGGAGCGGAUUGGUAUAUGGAUACUGGAGCUACUGCCCAUCUGUCGGCAUCUGCAGACUCUGCAUAUAGUUUCUUAAACUCCAGUGAUGAAUCCUCCCCUUUGUUUAAAUCAAUUCUUCAAACACCGCUCCUUCCUUCCCCUACAAAUACGAUUCCAAAUCCUUCACCUUCGCUUCCUAAUCCAGAAAUCCAGCCUCAGUCACAAGCUCCCCAAGCUCAACCUCAUCACACUAUGACGACAAGGAGUAAGGCUGGAAUCCGAAAACCACAGAAAGUCUUGUCCCUUCUCGCCAAAACAAAAUCUCCACUUCCAAAAAGCUAUAUUCAAGCUCUUUCUGAUCCAAAUUGGACACAUUCGAUGACUGAUGAGUAUGAUGCUAUGAUUAAGACUAAGAGUUGGAAUCUUGUACCACGGCCACCAAAUGUUAAUAUUGUGAGAUCUAUGUGGUUGUAUACUCAUAAACAUGAUGCAGAUGGUGCUCUAACACGUCACAAGUCGAGAUUAGUAGCCAAUGGGAAAUCGCAGGAAGCUGGAGUUGACUUUACGGAGACAUUCAGUCAUAAAACCGGCAACGAUACGUACGGUCCUGAACAUAGGCGUUGCUCGUGA